UUAUAAUAUCGGGUUUUUUUUUUUGGUUUUUUCAUCAGCGCCGCCGAGAGAAGAGAGCUUAGAGCUAUGACGACGAUUGUUCCCACUUCCGAAGAAGAUCCGUUCCUCGCCGUUGUCCAGUUUACUUCCCAGCUCGCCUGGGCUGAUGCUGGUCCCGAGGCUGCAGAGCCAGAGAUCACCAGGCUGUGUAGAGAAGCUGAGGAAUCUAUAGUAGCAGGAAAGUGGUUGGAGUUGGCUUCUUUAAUGGUUACUUCUGCUGAAUUGGUAUCUUCCAAGAUGUCUGACAAAGAUCUUGAGUGUACCUACACCAUCAUUUGCAGCCUUGUUAAGAACGCGAAUAGCGCUGAUGAUGUUCUUGAAAUGGUGAAAGCUAUCUCUUCUAAGGUUGUUCAACAGCCCAAUGACAAAGCUUCUCUUCGUUUGAAGAUCCUCUUCAAUCUCUAUAACCUUCUGGACCACCCGUAUGCUCGUUUCCAAGUCUACAUGAAAGCGCUUACGCUGGCUGUUGAAGGGAAGGUUACUGAGUACGUAGUUCCUUCUUUUAAGAAAAUUGAUAACUUCUUGAAAGAGUGGAACGUUGACACUAAAGAUCAGAGGCAACUCUUCCUUGCCAUUGCUAAUGUUCUGAGAGAGAACAAAAGCUUGGUGAACGAAUCCCUUAAGUUCCUGACGAAGUAUCUAGCGACUUUCUCAAGUGAGGAUGCUAAGGUCCUAGAUGAAGCUAAGGAGGAGGCUGUGCGUGCAGUUAUUGAAUUUGUCAAGGCUUCCAGCAUCUUCCAGUGUGAUUUAUUGGAAUUGCCAGCCGUAGCACAACUAGAGAAGGAUACGAAGUAUGCCCCGGUUUACCAGCUACUAAAGAUCUUUCUUACUCAGAGGCUUAAUGCUUACACUGAAUUCCGAGCUGCAAAUUCGGAAUGUCUGCAAAGCUAUGGACUUGUUGAUGAAGACUGUGUAACGAAGAUGAGAUUGUUGUCACUAGUUGACUUAGCGUCAGAUGAGUCUGGCAAAAUACCAUACGCCUCAAUCAAAGACACUCUACAGGUAAAGGAAGAAGAGGUUGAACUAUGGAUCGUGAAGGCAAUAACUGCGAAGCUGAUCGAUUGUAAGAUGGAUCAGAUGAACCAAGUUGUCAUUGUCAGCCGCUGUUCCGAGCGUGAAUUCGGGUCAAAGCAAUGGCAAUCACUUCGAACUAAGCUCGCAACCUGGCGGGAUAACAUUGGAAAUGUCAUAAGUACAAUUGAAUCGAACAAGGUAACCGAGGAAGGCUCUCAGGCAUCAUCAGCAUCUGCUACAGCAAUUCAAGGGUUGAGUGUUCGUUGAAAAGCUAUCAGGACAGGAAAACCUUUUACAUCUCCAGAAAAUCUCUCAAAAUCUAUAACAAACGUUGCAGAUCUUUUGUUGUCUUAGAAUCUUUCAUCCCUCUGUGUAUUUGCGUGCAGAGUUUCUUAAUCUUUGAAUUUUUUUUUGUCCCUGAAAUAAUUUGGAGAGUUUUGUUAUACAUUAACAUUUCUUGUUUUGAGGAUACUUAUUAUUUGCCACCUUUAUGUCACC